UGUUCGGUGGUCGGGGAGAUGAACUGGGGGCUCUGAGCACAGAGGCCCAUCCCUCUUUUCUGUGCAACUCAGUUUCUCCCAAAGUAGGAAAGUGAUGGAUGAAGCUAAAGUUAUAUUCAUAGAUUACUAUCCCUGCCAUACUCCCCAUUUCCAUUCCAGCCAUUCUGAUUUCCGAUGGGAGGGGUGCCCAGGGUCGUUCCAGCUGGUAGGUUUGUUGCUCAUUGGAGUGGCUGCUUGGGGUAAGGGCCUGGGUCUGGUGUCCAGCAUCCAUAUCAUCGGCGGAGUCAUUGCUGUGGGAGUCUUCCUUCUUCUCAUCGCUGUGGCUGGACUGGUGGGCGCUGUUAACCACCACCAAGUAUUGCUCUUCUUUUACAUGAUCAUCCUUGGUUUGGUCUUCGUUUUCCAGUUUGCAGUCUCUUGCUCAUGUCUGGCCAUUAACCGAAGCAAACAGACAGAUGUCAUCAAUGCUUCUUGGUGGGUCAUGAGCAACCAGACCCGGGAUGAACUGGAAAGAAGUUUUGAUUGUUGUGGCUUAUUCAACCUCACAACCCUGUAUCAGCAAGAUUAUUCUUUUUGCACUGCAGGCUGCAAGGUCCAGAGGCCCACAUGCCAGAUGUGUGGAGAAAAGUUUCUUAAGCAUUCAGAUGAAGCCCUGAAAAUCCUGGGGGGUGUUGGACUCUUCUUUAGCUUUACAGAGAUUCUUGGUGUCUGGCUUGCAAUGAGAUUUCGGAAUCAGAAGGAUCCUCGAGCCAACCCCAGUGCCUUUCUAUGAGACUUUGGAUCCUUCUGACUUCACUCCUGCUCUCCCUAAGCUGAUUCUUACUCCCUUAGGGAAAACCCAGGGUCAAUAGCCUUUUUUGUUUGAGAAAAAGGAACGGCCCUUUGCCAUCCUCUAAAGGUGACUCAAUAGCCAGGCUCUCCACCUUGACAUCUUCUGGUGGGAGCAAGAGUAUAAGGACUAAGGAAAAACAACUUAUCUGCUUGAGUGGAUAUGUGAAGCUCCUGGGAGUGCAUGAGAUGGUAUGGGGGUUGGACUCAUUCCUGGCUGACUCCCCUCUUCUCCCUUCCAUAUGCUGGACCACCGCAAAACAUCCUGGCCUGCCUCCAAGGGAAAACCAGAGACAGAGAAAACCACCAAGAACUCUUUCUUGUAAUAAGCAGCACCCAGUUUGGGGGAACUUCAGUGAAUAUAAAAAUAAAAGCCAUUUAAACUCCAUACACAAAGAA